GGGGGGGGGAGGGGGGGCGGGAGGAAUGGGUGGGCUUGGCGGCAGCCCCAGGUUCCCCCACCCCCCACCCCCCGGUCCUGCCCGCGACAGACGGAGGAGCAGGUGAGUGUGGCGUGGGGCCGGGCCGUGGCCUCUGAGGGAAGGAAGGGAGGGAACAGCUGGGCUUGGACCAGACGCAGGUGUGCGUGGGGGUCACCGGUGCGUGCCUGGCGUGUGUCAUCAGCCACAAGCUGGACGGGUUUGGUGCUCAGGGGCUUCCAGGUGUGGCCCGGGCAGAACCGGGACGUCCGUGCCCAGGAGCCGACUGGAGCAAAUGGCCCCACAAUGAGGGAGGCCUCGUGGCUGGUUGGGGGGGGGCCUGCCUUGGAGCCCUGGGCGCGGGAGAUGCCUCGCAGGCCCCGCCCAGCCGGGCCCCCUCCCCACCCUGCUCUGCCAGUAGGACUGUGACCUUACUGAGUGACCACACUCCUGUUCUUGACCCUUCCCUUUCCGAAAGAGGGAAGUGCCAAGAAAUCAGGCUUAGUAUCUGGUUUUCCCUGGUCGUUGUCCUCCCGGACCUCCCAUCAAGGGGGCAGGCUGGGGCAGGCCGACCACGGAUGGACGGCGCACCCGGAGCCCUCCCCGCGCCCUGGCUGCCGGCUCCCCUUGGGGGCUGGGCCCCGCCUGCCCCCACCCCGAGGCCUCGGUGCCUCUCCCUCUUUCCGGCGCCUGCCCACCCUGUCCUGUGUCUUGGAGGCCAGCGCAGCUCCCCUGGGUGGUCGGACGUCUGGGGAAGGGAGUGUGUGGUGGGCCCCCAGGGGUCAGCCUUCAGGGAGGGGAUGGAAGGCCACACCCACCGGGGCUCCAGGGGUGACUCUGGAGAGCUCAGCCCCAGCGGCCCCGGGGGUCGGGCAGCGCUGAUGUGCCCACGGGUCUCCAACCCCCCUCUCGCUCACUCCCACCUAGGUUCCACUCACACCGGAGCCCCGGUUGCUAAACCGGACCCCAGGGAGACCCUGUCUGACCCGUUACUCGUCCCCCCCCCCCCCCGGGAGGGCGGGGGCUCAGGUCCAGCCACGCGACCAUGUGGUGGGCACGCUUUCCAGGGCAGGGGGGCGGGAGCAGUACCCAGACUGACUUGGCCUCAGUGGGCAGGAGGACAGGUGGAGCCCAGGGCAGAGGCCCAUCCGGGCUGCGGGUGCGGCCCGCCUGGCUUAGCCGCCUCGGCACCAGGAAGUGGGCUGGCUUUUCGGCCGGGCGGAGGUGGCCUGGCAGGGCGGGCCCCACCCGCCGUUCCUAGCCACAGGUGGUGCCGCCACCAGCCCGGUGACAGGUGUUGAGGCCAGGAAGCCAGUCCUGCCGCUGACCCGCCAUGGUGUCCCGGGACCAGCCUCACCCGGGCCCCCGGUACGUGGGCCUGUGGGACUUCGAGGCCCGGACGGACAAAGAGCUGAGCUUCCGGGCCGGGGACCUGCUCCACGUGGCCAGGAAGGGGGAGGAGUGGUGCUGGGCUGUGCGGCUGGACGAGGCGGGCAGGGCCCUGGCUGAGGGCUACGUGCCCCACAGCUACCUGGCCGAGAAGGAGACGGUGGAGUCUGAACCGUGGUUUUUUGGCCGCAUCUCCCGCUCCGAAGCACUGCACAGGCUGCAGGCAGAGGGCAACACGGCCGGGGCCUUCCUGGUCAGGGUCAGCGAAAAGCCGGGCGCCGACUAUGUUCUCUCAGUGCGUGACGGCCAGGUCGUGCGACACUACAGGAUCUGGAGGCGUGCUGGCCGGCUGCACCUCAGCGAGGCCGUGUCCUUCCCCAGCCUGUCCGAGCUCGUGGACCACCACAAAGCCCAGAGCCUGUCCCACGGCCUGCGGCUCACUGUGCCCUGCUGGAAGCAUGAGCCCAAGCCCCUGCCCCACUGCGACGACUGGGAGAUGCCACGGGAGGAGUUCACACUCUGCAGGAAGCUGGGGUCUGGCUGCUUCGGGGAGGUCUUUGAAGGGCUCUGGAAAGACCAGGUCCGAGUGGCUAUUAAGGUGAUUGCUCGAGAUGACCUCCCGCACCAGCACACCUUCCAGGCGGAGAUUCAGGCCAUGAAGAAGCUUCGGCACAAACACAUUCUGCCGCUGUAUGCCGUGGUGUCCGUGGGGGACCCCGUGUACAUCAUCACAGAGCUCAUGCCAAGGGGAGCCCUGCUGGAGCUGCUGCGGGGCUCUGACGAGAAAACCCUGCCCGUCUCGGAGCUGGUGGACCUCGCAUCACAGGUAGCCGAGGGCAUGUGCUACCUGGAAUCGCAGAAUUACAUCCACCGGGACCUGGCGGCCAGGAACAUCCUUGUGGGGGAAAACAACAUCUGCAAAGUCGGGGACUUUGGGCUAGCCAGGCUCAUCAAGGAGGACAUCUACCUUUCCCACGGCCGCAACAUCCCCUACAAGUGGACCGCUCCGGAGGCCCUGUCAAGAGGGCUUUACUCCAUCAAGUCGGACGUCUGGUCCUUCGGGAUUCUCCUCCACGAGAUUCUCAGCAGGGGUCAGAUGCCCUAUGCAGGCAUGUCCAACCACGAGGCCUUCCUGAGGGUGGACUCGGGCUACCGAAUGCCCUGUCCCCCGGAGAGCCCACCCGCUGCGUACAAGCUGAUGCUGUCGUGCUGGAACAGGGACCCGGAGCAGAGACCCUGCUUCAAAGCCCUGCGGGAGAAGCUCUCCAGUGUCAGCAGGUACGAGAACCCGCUCUGAAAGGGACACCCCUCUGGUGCUGCCUCUGAGGCCACGAGGCCCUGUGAAGGGGGGCCCGGGUGCCGCCCUGGACCUCAGAUCAAGGGUACGGGCGGACGAAGGUGUGGACAAGUUCGCAGGACCGGGCUGAACGCUUGGGGGAUGGAGAUCCUCCAGCCAGGGGCCCACCCUGCCCCGGGGCUGGGGGAAGCAGUCCCCUUGAAGUCGGGGGGCUGAGGCUGCCCAUUCCUCCUGUCUGCUCCUUCAAAGACACCAGCUCCUGGGAAGUGCCGGGACUCUCCACAGCCAGCUCUAACCCUCCAGGAGCCUGGCCACUCUUUUUUCCAAAGGGAGUGGACCUGUCCCUGGUCCUGACUCAAAGCCCAUCAGCUGUCAGGACCAGGGCGCAGCUCCCCCCGGUGGGGCAUGGGGAGGGGCCUGGAUUUGGGGCGGGCUCACCCUGGGUCACCUGGCCUGUGUGCAGCUCCUGAUAUGGGGCGACAUGGCCUUCUCAGUACUCUGUGAAAACGGGCUAUUUGCUGGUGGGGCACUGCGGUCUGCUACCCAGGGCCGUGGCCAUCAGCAGCCGCCACCAGGAGUCCUGAGGGCCUCAUCUGGACGCUGUAGCCAGGAGACUGGGCACCUGCCCCCACCCUGGGUCCGUGUGAGGUGGGAAUGAAGGCCUCCCCUACAGGCCUCAGCACGGACUACUGGCUUUGGGAGCACAGGGGGCCUGGGUAAGACUGCACCGACCCUGCAGCCUGCCUUGACACGAUGAGGGCAGACACGACAGAGGCCCUUGAGGGCCAUCAGCUACACGGGAUGCCCUGGAUUGGACUGAACCGUUUCUAGCACAGAGUGGGGGCGGAGUGGCCAAAGAGGAGGCUGGGCUCCCUCAGUGGCCCGUGGGGCCCCUAACUUCAUACCAAGCCCCCAUCCACGCCCUCCCUAAGCUGCCCCCUCCUGCCCAACAGACCCGGGCCAAUCUCUGCUGGCCACUGAAGGUGUGUGGACACACAGUCCACCAAUCACGCCCGCCCGUGGAGGCUGGCGGAGGAUGACACAGCCACACCCUCCCAAGGCUGGAGUUCGUCCAGAGCCGGGUCACCAGUGGUGGGAAGGUCCCUUGGGAACGCCCCCCGUACCACUUACGACUCAGUCUUAAUUUUGGGUCCCCGCCCCCAGAGUUGGGGGACCCUACCCAGAGCGCGUCCUGCAACAGGCUAGAAGAGACGACACCCUCACAGGAAGGCUCCGGGAGAUAUAGUCCGGCCCCGUGAGCUGCACACCAGUUGGGACAGCUCUGGUACCGGCCCCUCACUGCCCUCCAGGGUGUCAAGGGCAGGGGCCCUUGCCAAGGUCCUUCCAGGGGGCACCAGGUUCCCUCCAGCCGACGGCCCCUAAACCCACAAGCAGAGGCCCAGGACCCCAGUGGCUGCCCCGGAGCUUCUUGUCCAACCUCUGAACUGCCUGCUUCUUCCAGGCCCCCCACCCCUUCUCAGGUGCCAAGGCUCCACACUCUCUGCGGUGGCUUGCCGCUGUGAACCUGGGCCAGACCCAGGAGGUGGCUCCCCAGUGAGGGAACCCAGGAAGGCCCAGGGAACAGGCCAACUCUCCACCUCUGCCAGGAAGUGAGGUUGAGAAACAUCAGCUUCUCCCACGGGCCCCGGGGGCACAUGGUCACACACACCAUCAGGGCUACUGGCUGCUCGGUUUAUUUUCCACUUGGUGCAAGGCACACGGUUACAGGGUGUCGGGAAGGCUUGCGUGUGGCUUGGAUAGUAAAGAGUGGGGUUCUCUCGACUUCCUUUU